AGCCACCCGAGUGGAGCGGUGGGGUUGGGCGAUAAACAGGCUGUGGCUAGGAAGGAGGGGGAGGGGGCGUUCGCUGCUCCGGGACCUCUCAUGCUUCGUUUUUCUUUUAGGUGUGGUUUAGUCCGGACGUGGGGUCCCGGCAGCCAGCUUGAGGCUACUCCCUUGUGAAAGGCGAAAGCAGCUCCUGCGGAAGGCGGUUAAAGUUACGUAGGGGGAACGAGACAGGAGUUCUCCCCCCAUGCUAGGCGAAUGGUGCGGCCCUGAGCUGGUCCAGGAGUUGGCUGGACGAGUCUGAGAGGCCCCAGAGGGGGCGGGAAAGUGGCCUUCAGAACGUGGGUUUUGUGAAGAGACGUGGGGAAGAUUCGAUUCCGAGAAGAGGAAGAGCCCGAUUCAAAGGGAGCGAGGACGCUGACGGGGAGGGGGCUGCCAAGAUGGCGUCGGCCUCUUCUGGGCCGUCGGCGGUCGGGUGUUCAGCCUUGGAUUCCGGGAUCCCUUCCAGUACCUCGAUCUCAGCAGCAGCAACUGGAAUUAAGAAACCUAUGGCAUCUGAGGUGCCUUAUGCAUCUGGCAUGACCAUCAAGAAAAUAGGCCACCGAAGUGUUGAUUCCUCAGGAGAGACCACAUAUAAAAAGACAACCUCAUCAGCUUUGAAAGGUGCCAUCCAGUUAGGCAUUACUCACACUGUGGGGAGCCUGAGUACCAAACCAGAACGAGACGUCCUCAUGCAAGACUUCUAUGUGGUGGAGAGUAUCUUCUUCCCCAGUGAAGGGAGCAACCUGACUCCUGCUCAUCACUACAAUGACUUUCGUUUUAAGACCUAUGCACCUGUUGCCUUCCGCUACUUCCGAGAGCUAUUUGGCAUCCGGCCUGAUGAUUACUUGUACUCCCUCUGCAGUGAGCCACUGAUCGAACUCUGCAACUCUGGAGCAAGUGGUUCCCUUUUUUAUGUGUCAAGCGAUGACGAGUUUAUCAUCAAGACGGUCCAGCAUAAAGAGGCAGAGUUUUUACAGAAGCUGCUUCCAGGAUACUACAUGAACCUCAACCAGAAUCCUCGCACUUUGCUGCCUAAAUUCUAUGGACUGUACUGUGUGCAGGCAGGUGGCAAGAAUAUUCGAAUUGUGGUGAUGAACAAUCUUUUACCACGAUCAGUCAAGAUGCAUAUCAAAUAUGACCUCAAGGGCUCAACCUACAAACGACGGGCUUCCCAAAAAGAGCGAGAGAAGCCUCUCCCCACAUUUAAAGAUCUGGACUUCUUGCAAGACAUCCCUGAUGGUCUUUUUUUGGAUGCUGACAUGUACAAUGCUCUGUGUAAGACCCUGCAGCGUGACUGUUUGGUUCUCCAGAGCUUCAAGAUAAUGGACUACAGCCUCUUGAUGUCAAUCCACAAUAUAGACCACGCACAACGAGAGCCCUUAAGCAGUGAAACACAAUACUCAGUUGAUUCUCGCAGACCAGCACCCCAAAAGGCUCUGUACUCCACAGCCAUGGAAUCCAUCCAGGGCGAGGCUCGACGGGGUGGCACUAUGGAGACUGAUGACCAUAUGGGUGGCAUCCCUGCCCGGAAUAAUAAAGGAGAAAGGCUCCUGCUGUAUAUUGGCAUCAUUGAUAUUCUGCAGUCAUACAGGUUUGUUAAGAAGUUGGAGCACUCUUGGAAAGCAUUGGUACAUGACGGAGACACCGUAUCGGUGCAUCGUCCAAGCUUCUAUGCUGAACGGUUCCAGCGCUUCAUGUGCAAUACAGUGUUCAAGAAGAUCCCCUUGAAGCCCUCUCCUUCCAAAAAGUUUCGGUCUGGCUCAUCUUUCUCUCGGCGAGCAGGCCCCAGCAACAGCUCCUGCGUUACUUACCAGUCAUCCGUCUCUGGGGAACACAAGGCACAAGUGACAACAAAGGCAGAAGUGGAGCCAGACGCCCACCUUGGUCGUCCUGAUGUUUUACCUCAGACUCCACCUUUGGAGGAAAUCGGUGAGGGCUCACCUGUUCCUGACCCUAGUUUCACACCUGUAGCUGGAGAAACUUCACAAGUGCUAAAUACAAGUUUGACCUUGGAGAAGCUUGAAGUUGUGGAGUCGGAGUUAACCUCUGUGAGUGUCUGUGAGCACUAAAAAUUCAGAAGACCUGACACAAGGUUUACCCAUCCCUGUGAUCUCAAGAUGUCAGCCCUUGCCCCAGGAAUGCUGAGUUUUUCUUCUUAGCCAUCAAAAAAGGAGUGUAAUAUGGAGGAUGGGGAGCUGUCUCCUUUCUGAAGAAGAACCUCCUCCCCCUCCCCUUCUCAUGAAUGGGCCUUGGAGCCUUGGACAGUUGAGGACAGCAGCAUCCUUUCUACUCCAGAGUGGCAUGACUUCUCAACUGACCAUUGUCAACGUCUACGAUUGAAUUUCUUUCAUACCCCCACUCUUUGUGCUGGAAGUGGGGUUGCUGGACUUGGUUUUCUUCUUCUCAUCUACCUUUCACCAGGAGCUGGACUCUGAACUUGCUCAGGACACACUGGCUGGCACAUUAUCCCCACCUUAGCUGCUUCCUUCUAGUCCCUGGAAGAAGAUCCCUGUGAUCUUUGUCAAGGCGUUCAGAGAAAUAGGAGUGUUUAACCACCUCCCCAACUUUCUAGCAAAAGAACGAACAGCACACCGACACAGUUUCAAGCGAAUUUCAGGUCAGAACUCCAGAAGAGCCCUGGUGUUUGUGAAGCAGAAGUGUGGUGAAUGCUCUGCCGGGAGCAGCUCCUCUCUAAUCCUCUCGAUGAAUUUCUUAAGGCUGAAGGAAUGAAAGAGCGGGGCGUGGUGUUAAAAAUCUUCACCCCUUUUAUGACAACAGUGGGGCAACCAUGGGACUUAGGAUCCCUUCCAGGCAGGGCCCUACUCACUGCCAGGCCGUGAUGAUUACGAUUUUUCAAUUUCUGAUGCAUUCUGGUGGUUUUUCUAAAUAUGAAGACUUUAUCAAAUGAAUUUUAGAUCAUUCUCCAAAGGAGAUUUCAUCUUUGUUUUUCCCAUCUUUUUCAGUACUGUUCUGCCGUAGGUGGAGAUGGGGACAUCUGUGUCUGUUUAACAGGGAGUUUUUGAGGCUCAAGAAUAUUCUCUUAAACUCGUGGACAGCCAGCAGAUCUUGCCUCGGUGAGAUCCCUGCUGUGCUGCAUGCCCUGCCCCCUCUCUCACGCGGGGAACUUGGGAAUCGGGGGCUGUAUAAGCUGUCUGCCCCAUCUCUAGGAGUUGUGGUUCUCCCUCUGACACUUCCACUCUCGUAAGGGCAAGAAAGGGGCCUGGUGUCUCAGGCAGAUUGAGUUUCCAUUCUCUCCCACCCUACCAUGAUAGUAGGUUAGCUUAUACCCAAGUAACUGUCUAUAUUAGACACCCCCAGCCAGUUUCUGGCUGCCUGUCUUUGCUGCCAUGUUCUUUUUUACAAGAAGGAAAGAAACAGUUCUUGCUAUUUUUUUUCAUAAUAACUAUUUAUGAUGUAUUUAAGUGUUUUAUUCAGGACAGAGUUCUGUAAGGGGUGGGAGGGAAUAUUUGAGGGAGGGUCUGGGUCUUGUGGAGAGGAAUGGGAAUCAACAUUUUUAUGAAGUGUCACUAUUUGCCUCUACUUUGUAUUGUUCAGAAAUGGCAAAUGCAAUAUAAAAGUAAUAAAUAUCUGGUUUUAAUGAGUCAGCUUCCAUCAGUUA